AUGGCAGGCCACGUUAUUGUACGGAACUGGACAAUCCCAACUCGUGAUGGGUCUACCAUUGAAGGGCGAAGUUACCGCCCGAAGGCAGCAGGUGAGGGCCCGUUGCCUGUUUACCUUUACCUACACGGAGGGGGCUUUCUCUUUGGUACGAUCAACUCAGAGGACGCUGCCUGCUCUCGAAUUGCUAUAAGCACAAGCGUCUUGGUGGUCAGCGUGGAUUAUCGUCAUACACCUGACUUCAUCUACCCAACAGCUUGGAAUGACGUUGAGGACGGGUUUCAGUGGCUGCAUGCAAACAUCGCCGAGAUCGGCGGCUGUCCCGAAAAGGUAGUCGUGGGCGGUAUUUCUGCCGGGGGCCAGUUGACCGCAUCUCUCACCCUAUCCCAGCAUCUUGGUCAUUUUGGCAAAGAACUCCCUCUAAUUGCCGGUCAAGUAUUGAUCAUUCCUUGUCUGGUUAAUCCGGACUGUUAUGACGGCCAUUUGAAGCGACUCAAGCAUCCCGCGGUUUCAUCCUAUGCUGAAAACGAGAAUGCUCCGAUCCUUCCCAGGAGGAUGAUUGAUUUGUUUGUUGGGUUGUUGAGAAUCGAGAAGCCGGACUACUACGAUCUCAGGCUCAAUCCUGGAAAUGCAUCCACGGGGCAAUUGAAGGGAAUGCCGCCUACAACACUUGGAAUUGCUGGCUUGGAUCCGUUGAGAGACGAGGGUUUACUGUACGCCAAAUUACUCACCGAGUCAGGAGUUCCCACCGAGACGCAUAUCUUCAGAGGAGUCCCCCACGGGUUUCGCCGAUUCGGGGACAAGCUAUCCGAGUCGAAACAUUGGGACAAUGUGACUGACUAUGGUAUCAAGUGGGCAUUGACUAAGCCGACCGCAUCUGGGCAUUUUGUUAUCCAUGAGGCUUGA